UCUCUCUCUCUCUCUCUCUCUCUCUCUCUCUCUCUCUCUCUCUCUCUCUCUUUGUUUUUUUUAUUCUCAGCACAAACUGCAAACUAGAGAAUCCAAAUUGAAAGCUUUCAAGUGGUUACUUAUGGGGCAAGCUUUUCGGAAGCUCUUUGACACUUUAUCUGGCAACUCUGAGAUAAAGGUUGUGAUGGUUGGUCUUGACAUUGCUGGCAAAACAACUAUACUCUAUAAGCUUCAACUUGGAAAAGUUGUAUCUACUUUUCCUACUGUUGGGCGAGGACUGUACAAAUUAAGGCCAGUUUGGAAGCACUAUUUCAACAACACUGAUGGUCUGAUUUAUGUUGUUGAUAGCGUAGAUCGUGAGAGAAUAGGUGAAGCAAAGCAGGAGUUUCAGGAUAUCAUAAAUGAUCCGUUUAUGCUAAAUAGUGUCAUAUUGGUUUUUGCAAACAAACAGGACUUGAGAGGGGCAAUGACGCCAACGGAAGUAUGUGAAGGACUAGGUCUCUUUGAUUUAAAGAAUAGAAAAUGGCACAUACUAGGCACUUGUGCCCUUAAGGGAGAUGGCCUUUACGAGGGCUUGGACUGGUUGUCUUCAACUUUGAAAGAGAAACAAGCAUCUGGAUACUCUUCAACAGGAACCUCGUCCUUCUAAUUGUCAAGGUAUUUUGGUCCACGUCAUUGAUGAACGAACGUGUAGAGUUUGGCCAGUUUCAUUCAAAAAUGCUGUAUAAUGUAGGAAAGUUGUAGUAUAAAGUAUAAACCCAGGUUAUGUAAAUACUAGAUCACAGCAUGUCAAUCAUGAUCUAUAUACAAAAUUAAGUUGUCAUUUGUGUAUCUUGAAAGAUGGAUCCAUCUUCCUGUUAUGAUUAUGAGAGUUGUGAAGGAAACUAUAAGAGAGAAUCGGAGAACACUGAAAGAGAACUAUCAUCCUCUAUCCGAUGGACGUGUCAGCUGAAAAUAACUGUCUAAUGAGAAAACUAUUUCACAACAAAAGUCCAAUACAAGGUCUAUGGAGUAUACAAGUGUUACUAUAGAGAAUAGUUUUUAGAAUUGAUAUAAAAAUGGGCUAAUAAAGAUUCAUCUUUUAUUUUUAAUCAAUAAAGAUUCAUCUUCUAGUCAAGUUACUCAACGAGCCAUGACCUUAAACGACUUUGAUAUAAUUCAUCGAUUACAAAAUCGGUAUACUGAAAUCCAUCGAGUUGCUUUUGAGGAUCAAUGGGUUCCUUCCCCGAUAGAUACUCUUUAUUGUAAGUGUUUAAAAAUGAUGCUGAAUUUUUUCAAGAACAUGGUUAUAUAUUCUUAUGUAUGUGCAUGUAUUCGAAAGUCUAAUAAUUUGUCGUGG